CUGGAGCCGCCUCCGGCCGGGGUGCGCGUCGCCCGGCAUCCCCGACGCGGUCCCCCGCUUCACCUCCCCAGGCGUGAGCGGGCGCGGCGCCCAGGAGCGGUUGCGAAUCCUCUGCGGCUGCCUGGCACCCCUCCGAGGCGGCUCGGCAGCACCCGCGCGGAGCCCGUGCGCCCCGGCCGGGCUGGCGCUGGCGGCGGCGCAGCUCGCCGGAGUUUGACUCGCGGCGGCGGGAGCGCGGCGAGCCGGGCCGCUCGCCCUCCGCGCUGCGCUCGGAUUGGUUUCUCCCCGGGAGUGCUGGCCGAGGGUUGGCUGCGGGCCGGCUGAAGAACAGGUGCACCUCGCCGCCCGGACGCGCGGAGCGGCCGCGGAGGAGCGCGGCGCGCCGGGCCGACCGCUGUGUCGGAAUGCGGCUCUCCGGCGCCCGGCGCGGCCCCUGAAGGCGGCGCGAGGCCCAGCGGCGGGCGGGCGCCCCGAGGAUGCCGGCGCGGCUGGGGCGCAGGCAGGCGGCGGGCGGCAGCGGCAGCAGCGGGCGCGGGGCCCCGGCGCGCAGGAGGCCGCUCGGCGGGCUGCAGACGCGCCGCGCCGCUCCCUGACCGGCCGCGGGCCGGGGCCGCCUCGCCCCUCGCGCGCGCUCCCCGCCGCCCCCUCCCCGCCGCCCCUCCCCCGCUCCCCCGCUCCCCGCCCGCCGCCCGCCUCUCGGGGGGAGGGGCGUGGGGGCAGGGAGCCGAUUUGCAUGCGGCCGCCGCGGCCGUGCCUGCGCCGAGCCCGCCGCCGCCGGAGCCCGCGGCCCCAUGCCUCUGCGCGGCCCUCGGGGGGGCGAAGGUGAAGACCGGCGCCUAGGAUGAGCGAAGGGGCGGCCGCCGCCUCGCCACCGGGAGCCGCUUCGGCAGCCGCCGCCUCGGCCGAGGAGGGCACCGCGGCGGCGGCGGCAGCGGCGGCGGCGGGCGGGGGCCCGGACGGCGGCGGCGAAGGGGCGGCCGAGCCCCCCCGGGAGUUACGCUGUAGCGACUGCAUCGUGUGGAACCGGCAGCAGACGUGGCUGUGCGUGGUGCCUCUGUUCAUCGGCUUUAUCGGCCUGGGGCUCAGCCUCAUGCUCCUCAAAUGGAUCGUGGUGGGCUCCGUCAAGGAGUACGUGCCCACCGACCUGGUGGACUCCAAGGGGAUGGGCCAGGACCCCUUCUUCCUCUCCAAGCCCAGCUCCUUCCCCAAGGCCAUGGAGACCACCACCACGACUACUUCCACCGCGUCCUCCGCCACCCCGUCGGCCGGCGGCGCCGCCUCUUCCAGGACGCCCAACCGGAUUAGCACCCGCCUGACCACCAUCACGCGGGCGCCCACUCGCUUCCCCGGGCACCGGGUGCCCAUCCGGGCCAGCCCGCGCUCCACCACGGCACGGAACACUGUGGCCCCCCCGACGGUCCUGUCUACCACGGCCCCUUUUUUCAGUAGCAGCACGCCGGGCUCGCGACCCCCGGUGCCAGGAACCCCCAGUACCCAGGCAAUGCCCUCCUGGCCCACUGCGGCAUACGCUACCUCCUCCUACCUUCAUGAUUCGACCCCUUCCUGGACCCUGUCUCCCUUUCAGGACGCUGCCUCCCCCUCUGCCUCCUCCUCGUCUGCCGCCGCCUCUACCGCCACCACCACCACGCCAGAAACGAGCACCAGCCCCAGAUUUCAUACGACGACAUAUUCCACCGAGCGAUCCGAGCACUUCAAACCCUGCCGAGACAAGGACCUCGCAUACUGUCUCAAUGACGGCGAGUGCUUUGUGAUCGAAACCCUGACUGGAUCCCAUAAACACUGUCGGUGCAAAGAAGGCUACCAGGGAGUCCGUUGUGAUCAAUUUCUGCCGAAAACUGAUUCCAUCUUAUCUGAUCCAACAGACCACUUGGGGAUUGAAUUCAUGGAGAGUGAAGAGGUUUAUCAAAGGCAGGUGCUGUCAAUUUCAUGUAUCAUCUUUGGAAUUGUCAUCGUGGGCAUGUUCUGUGCAGCGUUCUACUUCAAAAGCAAGAAACAAGCUAAACAAAUCCAAGAGCAGCUGAAAGACCCACAAAAUGGUAAAAACUACAGUCUCAAAGCAUCUAGCACAACGGCAAAGUCAGAAAACUUGGUGAAGAAUCAUGUCCAGCUGCAAAAUUAUUCAAAAGCGGAAAGGCAUCCUGUGACUGCAUUGGAGAAAAUGAUGGAGUCAAGUUUUGCCGGCCCCCAUUCAUUCACAGAGGUCUCUUCUCCUGACAGAGGAAGCCAAUCUGUCAAACACCACAGCAGGAGUCUCUCCUCUUGCUGCAGCCCAGGGCAAAGGAGUGGUAUGCUCCAUAGGAAUGCCUUCAGAAGGACACCCCCCUCGCCCCGAAGUAGGCUGGGCGGAAUUGUGGGACCAGCAUAUCAGCAACUUGAGGAAUCAAGGAUCCCAGACCAGGACACAAUACCUUGCCAACGGAUAGAGGUCAGGAAGACUAUAUCCCACCUGCCUAUACAGCUGUGGUGUGUUGAAAGCUCCCUGGACUUAAAGUAUUCAUCCAACGGUUUAAAAACCGAACAAAACGCAUCAAUAAAUAUGCAACUGCCUUCAAGAGAGACAAACUCCUAUUUUAAUAGCUUGGAUCAAAAAGACCUGAUGGGAUAUCCAUCCAACAGGGCCAGUUCCGUGCCCAUCAUCCCUUCAGUGGGCCUGGAGGAAACCUGCAUGCAAAUGACAGGGAUUUCUGAAGUCAAAAGCAUCAAAUGGUGCAAAAACUCUUACUCUGCUGAUAUCGUCAAUGUGAGUAUUCCAGUCAGCGAUUGUCUCGUAGCAGAACAACAAGAAGUGAAAAUAUUGCUAGAAACUGUCCAGGAGCAGAUCCGAAUUCUGACUGAUGCCAGGAGGUCAGAAGACUACGAACUGGCCAGCGUAGAAACCGAGGACAGCGCAAGUGAAAACACAGCCUUUCUCCCCCUGAGUCCCGUGGCCAAAUCAGAACGAGAGGCACAAUUUGUCUUAAGAAAUGAAAUACAAAGAGACUCUGCAUUGACCAAGUGACUUGAGUUGUAGGAAUCUGUGCAUUCUAUGCUUUGCUCAACAGGAAAGAGAGGAAAUGAAAUACAAAUUAUUUAUAUGCAUUAAUUUAAGAGCAUCUACUUAGAAGAAACCAAAUAGUCUAUCGCCCUCAUAUCAUAGUGUUUUUUAACAAAAUAUUUUUUUAAAGGGAAAGAAACAUUUCAGGAGUGAUAAAGCUUACAACUAAAGCUUUUGGGUAGGAUUCUGAAUACAAUUUCAGUUAGCCCCAACACCAUCGUCCUUGGCUCUUAGAUGUGGGCGAUUCAGACCCUCAACCCCACAGUGCCAGUGUCUUCUUAAAAAAGCACUGGCAGUUACCUGGUUUCAAAGAGACGAGCUGUAUCCUGAGGGCAGACGUGCCAAUGAGCAGAUGGCCCUUGCCAUUUGGCUUGCCAGUCCCAACCCCUAAAUUUCUAUUCACUCGACAGCCUCAUCACAGGUUAUGUCAUGUCAACAAAUGUAGUGUUUUCUAUUUAAUUUUUGAAGAAUGGCACAAAGACUCUGGAAGGAGAAGGACAGGAGAUAGAGGGAGUCAGCGGGGGCAAUCUUAGCUACUCUUAUGUGCCAGCUUCCUCUGAAAUUUGAAGGCACAGAAUCUCAGAGGGAGAUAUGAAAUUAUUAUAGAAAAAAAGACAAAAAUGUCACAAUGUUGGGUCACUAAAAUCAUGCUAAUAGAAAUGUUUUUCUUUGAGAUCAUUUAGGGGCUCUGAGGAGCAUUUCUCAGUGUGUGUGUGCCUGUGUGUGUGUGUGUGUGUGCGAGCGUGUG